AUGAGACUGUUACUUUGUGACAUCAAUGAGUGUAGCUGUACAAAACAUCAGAAACACCUGCUCUUUCCAUCACAGACUGACCAGGUGAAUCCAGGUGAAAUGUCACUUGUUAAAUCCACUUCAGUCAGUGUAGAUGAAGGGGAGGAGCCAGGUUAAAGAAGGAUUAUUACGUUUUGAGACAAUUAGACAUGGAUUGUGUAUGUGUGUCAUUUAGAGGGUGAAUGGGCAAGACAAAAAUAUUUAAGUGCCUUUGAACAGGACAUGGUAGUAGGUGGCAGGCUCACCUGUUUGUGUCAAGAACUGCAACGCUGCUGGGUUUUUCAUGCUCAAGUCUCCCGUGUGUAUCAAGAAUGGUCCACCACCCAAAGGACAUCCAGCCAACGAGUCAAAAUGGGUCAGCAUCCCUGUGGAAGGCUUUCGACACCUUGUAGAGUCCAUGCCCUGAUGAAAUGAGGCUGUUCUAAGAGCAGAAGAGGGGCUAAGUCAAUAUUAGGAAGGUGUUCCUAAUGUUUUGUACACUCAGUGUAUGUGUUAGGUGUUACACACAGAAUGCCCUUGAAGGGAUACUUCACCCACAUUACAAAAUGACCUCUUGGUUUCCUCCAGGCCUCGUCUUGUAUCACUUUACAAUUAUAAAACUGGGGGGGCAAAAAUGCUAUUUCAGAAUGUGUUGGGGGGCAUGUCCCCCCCCCUGUCCCCUGUAAAAGUUGCGCCCCUGGUUUCCUUACAAUACCAGCAGUCUAUGGACAAGGUCAGACAUCAAUCUAUGCUGUGGUUUACCUGGUCACUGUCUCUGUGGCACAAAUCCAAUGCAAGUCAACAUCCCAUAUAUUAGGGUUUUUUGCGCUUCAUGUCUGCAUCAUCUUAAAGUAACUUAAUUGAGCUACACAAUCAAUUUUAGAUUGAGAUCAAUAUGAACUUAAUGCCACAUCUGAUCUAUUCUAAAUGCGUUUGGUAAAGCAAGCACUAACUACUGCAGUAGGUUGUCUGGGGUUUCACAGAUGGUGUGACAAACGCUAAGAAGAGGAACAGAAUGUACUGUCUGGCUGCUGAAACACUUAUGUCAUCACAUAAUGGCUUUUCACAGAUCAGUUCAUAUAACGCAGUAUGCCAAGAGGUGGGAACAGAAUAAUCCAGCAGGGAUUAACGUAGGGAGCUGUUACCGUAUCAACCACUUCCCAGAUGAUAACGACUAUGACACAGACAGCUCAGAAUACCUCCUGCGUAUUGUGCGGGCGUCCAGUGUGUUUCCUAUCCUCAGCACCUGUCUGUUGAUGCUGGGGGGGCUGUGUUUGGCCGUGGGACGUAUCUAUAGCAACAGGAACAGCAUCCUGCUUAGCGCCGGCAUCCUGUUCGUAGCCGCAGGCCUGAGUAACAUCAUUGGCAUCAUUGUCUACAUCUCCAGCAAUGCCGGCGACCCCAGUGACAAGCGGGAUGAGGACAAGAAGAACACCUACAGCUACGGCUGGUCCUUCUACUUCGGAGCUCUGUCCUUCAUCGUGGCCGAGAUGGUGGCCGUCCUGGCUGUCAACAUCUACAUCGAGAAGAACAAGGAGGUCCGCUUCCACGCUCGCCGCGACUUCAUCCGCUCCAUGUCCUCCUCCUCACCCUACUCACGCAUACCCAGUUACCGCUUCCGCCGACGGACGCCCCACUCCAGCUCACGCUCCUCUGACGCUUCGCAGGAGCACUCGCCGGCGAGGCUGAAGGGUGGGACCUCAGCAACGGGGCCGUUGGGAGAAUUGACCAUGUACACGUUGACCCGUGAGGGGGGUCUGAAAGGGGGCGUGACGGAGAACGCAUACAGCCCCGAGCACGGCUCAGGCGAUUUCCUGCAGUUGCACAACUGCUUCCCCAAUGACUUGAAGGACGGGGUCAACCGGCGGACUACGCCCGUGUGAGAAGAGCUUUAGACGGGCCGGUGGAGUGAGGAGGCCCCCCUGAUGUGGAUGGAGGAUGGAGGUGGGCCUUUGGGGAUGGACGACCCCAUGGUAGCCUGUCACACUGGAGAAUCAGAGUCAGAGUCCGUAGUUCCAGGGAAAGACGGAGCCAGUGAAAAGACAAAGCCCCUCCUCAGUGAAAAACAACAUGAGGACGAGGACUGAGGACAUGGACAGAGAUAUAAGGUUAGAAAAUGUUGCCCGUGACAUGGUUUCGAAGGGUCACUGGACAUAAAGAGUGCUUGCUUCUUUCCUGGUGUUCCUUUGUGCUUUUUGACUGCAACAGACUAGUCACCAUCAUUGUUUGUAUCGUACACUACAUACAAGAAAACCAUUCCCUUUAAAAUGUGUCCUUGAACCGCGUAAAAGAGAAGAGACUGGAAUGUCCUCUUGUUGAUGGAUUUUUAUUGCCAAUGUGUGUUGGGAAACUGUUGAGUGAAUUGUUCAAUGUACAACAUUUCACACUAUUUGACCUGCUUUAGGUAUCGAACAUAGUUCAGCUAAAUGUAUUGUCCAACCUGAAACCCUCUCACCUUUGCAUGUUACUGUAUAGCCUACGGAGUAGAGCUCUGUGUCUCUGUGUUAUCUGUUAGUAGCUACUGUGUGUCACUGUCAGUUUAAUAGAGAAAUAAAAUCCAAGGAUUGAGUUCUCAACAAAGCCAUUAUUUUGUAUCUGGGAAAAACUAAAGGGACAUGACUGACCAGCGAACCCAUGUUAAACUUAAUUGGUUGUAGUUAGGUUAGGGGUUAGGUUAGGGGUUUGGUUA